AUGAUUAGACUUGUUCAAGAGUUUGGACGAGCUGGACGAGAUAACAAAAAAGGGGCAUGCACUAUUUUUUACUGCCCUCAAGAUGCAGUCAAUAUAAGCCGUGCUGCUAUUGAUACUGAUGAUAAAUUGCAAGCUUGGCAUCAAGUCAUUGUCUAUUGUCAUAAUAUGGAGACAUGCAGACAGAUACCACUUGCAAGACACUUUGAUCUCUCAGCCCAAAUUUCUUGGCUUGCCAAUCAAAACACACCACCAUGUGCUCUUUGUGAUAAUUGCACCAGAAAUCCAAAGACUAUUGAUAAGCAACAUGUCACUUUGGAUAUUUACUCCAUUUUGAAGAUUUUACAACAAGUGGAACAUCAACAAUGUUUCACUACUCUUUGUAAAUUUGCAGAAGCAGCUCGUGAUUCAGAAUUAGUGGAUUUUGAUCCCAGGCAUACUUAUCCACCUAUGCCAAACAGACACUCUGGAACUGUCAACAUCAAAAUAGCAACACAGCUGCCAAAUACUAAAAAAAGAGCAGUGGACAGAUUACCAUUGGUAAAAAAGACUUGCUUGUUUAACUUUAUGAGGCAAACUGACCUCCAUCAUUCAGAUUGUCCAAUGGAUCUGUGUUAG